CUGCUGGGAGGAGCUGCGAGUUUGAGCCACAGGAACCAACCAAUCCUGAGAGGAGAAGAGACACACAGAGAGGACGACACCUUACAGAGAAGAGUAGACUUCAACUCUGAGGAGAACUAAAGAAAACACUGGCUGGAGUUUGUGUGGAGAUCAGUGAAGCUGAGGUUCAGUUCAGGAUGAAGAUCCUCCUCAUCUUCACCCUCUACCUGAUCUCAGGUCAAGUGGGCUGCUCUGAUGUGAUUGGCUACCCAGGAGGUAUUGUUGAGAUCUACUGCAAUCACCAUAAGCAUGAAGUGUUUAAUGAAUAUUUUUGUAAAGUGACACCAAGAGAGUGUUUAUACAUAGACGUCCAGAACCCAGGGAGUCAAAGAGGCAGGUUAUCUUUACUUCACUAUGCUGAAGGUUUUCUUGUGAGCUACAGAAACCUGAGUUUACAGGAUGCUGGAUUAUAUCAGUGUGGAGAGGCUGGAGGGUGGAGUCAUACUGUGAACCUGAAAGUGAAUUCAGAUCCGUGUUGUUUGGGGUCAAAUACUGUAUCUGGUUAUCUGGGAGAGACAGUCGCCAUCAGCUGUUCAUAUCCAGAGGAGUUUAAACGAAACUACAAGUUCUUGCUCAAACAGGAUGUUGAAGGUUUUACUGAAGUGAUCAGAACCCCAGAGUCUCCAGAGACUCAGAAAGGCAGAUUCUUCAUCUCUGAAGACAGAAGAUCUAAAGUUCUCAGUGUGAGGAUCAGUGAUGUGAGAGAAGCUGAUGGAGGAGUUUAUUUCUGUGGAGUGUGGAUUCGAGGAAAGUCAGUCAGUUAUUACUCCCUCUACACAGAUAUUCAGCUCCAGGUUUCUGAUAUUAAACGUGCGAAAGGACCUUCAAGUCCAUCUACACCUGAUAAACCAACGACAACAUCUUUCAGGACCACAGCAACAGAAAAUACUCCAGUCACAUCUGAUGAAGAACAUUUCAGUUCCUCUGUGAUCAUCAUCCCUGUUUGUGUCUUUUUGGCUCUGCUGCUGAUUGGAGGAUCAGCACUGAUCUACAAACUGAGAUGCAAGAAAACACGAGAGGAAAGCGGAAAAACUGUAAAAAAGGACUCUGGAUUUUUCAGCAGACAAUCAAGAACUAAUGAAAACGCUGAUGAUGAUUAUGAAAAUGAUCCACCUAGAAAUCGAAACAUCGUGAUGAGUCCAGUCUACCAGAGCCUACACCACUACACCAACCAAUCAGAUUCAGUUUACCAGAGUCUAAACCCCAACACCAACCAAUCAGAUUCAGUCUACCAGAGCCUAAACCCCAACACCAUCCAAUCAGAUUCAGUCUAUCAGAGUCUAAACCCCAACAUCAACCAAUUAGAUUCAGUCUACCAGAGUUUAAACCCCAACACUAACCAAUCAGAUUCAGUCUACCAGACUCUAAACCCCCAACAUCAACCAAUCCGAUUCAGCAUACCAGAGUCUAAACCCAACACCAGCCAAUCAGAUUCAGUCUACCAAAGUCUAAACCACCACCAAUCAGAUUCAGUCUACCAGAGUCUAAACCCCAACACCAGCCAGUCAGAUUCAGUCUACCAGAGUCUAAACCCUAACACCAACCAAUCAGAUUCAGUCUACCAGAGCCCGGAUCCCAGAAGCAGAGAUCCAGAUUCAGAUUACUACAGUCUAAAGCUCAACACCACUUAGUCAGAUCAGGUCUACCAAAGCUCCAACACCAACCCAGGGGCAGUCUUUGUACAAGGCUAAAGUAGGCAGCCGCCUAGGGCCCCCAUCAGCCAAAGGCUGAAAAACAAACUAGAUUCUCUUUGUAUUGUUGCUAAAUAACCUAUUCUGACGCAUAAAUACAUAUGUUUUAAAAACAGCUUUUAUUUGCAAUGUAAGCUUUGUUUUCUUAGUAAUUUCAAUGCAGCCCCACCCCUCAGUCACAGGUGUAAAAUAACAAUAUUGUCAGUUCAUAAAAGGAACAGAUAAAAGGCAAAUGUACAUAAUUAUGGAGCAAGUAAAGAGCAAUGUAGUUGGUGUUUUCGUUGUGUGAUGCUGGGUACUUUUCCUCACUAACUCACUAGACAUUUAUCCUAGAUAUGGCUCUGCUGUACAGGCUCUAUAGACGAUGCAAAAAAAAGAUUACUCAACAGGACACUGUAAUCAGUCAUCAUUUAAAAGACAAAUGUGGCGACAGUGGAUCACUUAGAUCAAGUACUUUAGAUAAUAUAUCUACUGUAUAUAUAUCUGCUACUUUAGAACAUUCCCAGAACAUAUAUAUAUAUAUAUAUAUAUAUAAACUGAUGCGCCAAACUUUUAGAGGAGUGACUUAAAUUUUCCCAUAGUAUUCCAAUCUAAGGAAGGACCAGUACAGGAAAGCUCUCGUUCCCACAGUUGGUCGACUGCUAACUGCUUUAUAUGAUGGUCUACCAAAGUUUUGGAAAUAAACUAUACUCUGCCCCGUAGAUUGUCCAGUUGUCUUAUCCCAUCUAGCAAGGGGUGAGUGUUGAGAGUGUUGGCCCAGAGAACUCCACAGGCUCGAAGUGAAGGACAAAGUUGUAAAUAAACAAAGUAUAAAGAAGCUGGAGGAUUAAAAUGCAUCUGAACCUCCUGAAAUGACAGCAAACCACUAUCACCACACAUGUUCUGUACUUUAUUCAUAUCUUGAGAAAACCAAAGAGAAUUACAAAAUGGUUUACCCCUAAUCAUAAUCUUGAAAUUUUUCCAUAAAGGAGUCUGUAAACCGAUUUGGAGUGAAACGCCCAUGAACCUCCCCUCUUUUCUCCAGAUGCUCAGGGAGUUGGACAUUACAAUUUGUCCUACCAUUUCCAGUAAACAAUAAGUAAUCUAUGAGGUUUUGCUAAAGAUUCUUCAACACAUCUCAAAGGAACACUGGUGUGUUGGUCCAUCCAUACAUCAAGAACUCUCAUUUGAAAUGCCCGGUGAUAAUAGUUAGUUUGGAAGGGAAAGACCACCGUUUAGUUUAGAUCGCUGUAAAGUAGCUAAACUUAUUCUAGGGCAUUUACUGCUCCAUAGGAAUUUGGAUUGAGUCAAAAUCUUUGUAAUAAUUUUGUAUUGGAGGCAAAAGUAACAAAAAAUGUUUUGUUGCUUCCCAAGGAAUCUGAGGUUUAUCACAUUGUGCACUGAUAAUCUCAAGACAUUCUACCAUCCUUGCAUGUAUUUGCUAUAGAAAGGUACCGUUCAGUAAUAAAGAGAUGUUGAAGCGUCA